AUGGAGGUGUCAGCACCCGGCAAGGUUCUCAUCCUUGGUAGCUACCUUAUUGUAGAAUCGUGUACCCCGGCCAAUGUCGGCAUCUCGAUCGGCGUAAACGCGCGCUUCACGACGCGCAUCUUCAAGGUUGAGCCCGCAACGACCGGCGUUUCGAGGCAAACCACGGUGCACAUGAGCUCGCCGCAGUUUCGUCAGUCAUUCUGCUUCGUCGCCGACACGUCAGUGCCCGGUACCGUCGCGGUGAAGCAGACGGAGGGGUCGGAAAGCCCUUUUAUCUUCAACGCUGUCCUCUACUCUGUGGCAGCCGCCCAGUCACUGGGCAGCAGCACCGAUGGCGAGAUUUGGGUGGAGCUCCUGGCUGACAAUGACUUUUACAGUCAACGCAACUAUUUGGAGAGCCAAGGGAAGGACGUGAACGUGGCCAAUCUGCGCGCCCUCCCACCCCACCUGCCGCUGGUCGGUGCCGUCUCCAAGACCGGCUUGGGGUCGUCUGCGGCCAUGACGACCAGCAUCGUGGCGUGCCUGUGCCACCACUUCAAUGCGGACGGGUGCUCACACGAGUACGUCCAUCGCAUCGCCCAGAUUGCCCACAGUGUCACACAGGGCAAGAUCGGCAGCGGCUUCGACGUGUACACCGCCGUCUACGGCACGUGCGCCUACCGCCGCUUUCCUGUGAGCCGCGUGUCGAUGAUGCUGGACAGUGCUCAGCAGCCGACAUCGGUGGAAGUAGAGACACUGAGGCGGUGUGUGGACAUGGAAGAGGUGUGGGUGCCGCCCGAGCCGUUCCGCCUACCGCCUGGAGUGAAGCUGAUCCUCGGAGACGUACACCAAGGCGGCUCCAGCACUCCUGGCAUGGUCGCCAAGAUCAUGGCGUGGCGCAAGUCUGUCGCUGACACCCCAAACAACCUUUGGGAGCAGCUGCGUCGCAACAAUGAGGCGUACAUCGCCGCUCUGCGUCGCAUGAUCGACGAGGCGGCAGCGAAGCCGGACGUCUACGCGGCUUCCAUGGCGGCGCUCCAGCAGGUGCCCUCGCUGCCGCUGUUCAAGGCAGACGGCGAGUCAAUGCAGUGCAUCGUCGAGGCGUCCCGCUGCGCAGCCCGUAGCCGUGCCCUCCUACGGGACAUGGGCAUGGCCGCGGAGGUGAAGGUGGAGCCGGUAGAGCUGACCGAUCUCUUGAACGACACGGCGACUCUGCCGGGUGUGUUCGCGGUCGGCUGCCCUGGCGCCGGCGGCUACGACGCCGUGUUCGCCCUCGUGCUCGGUGACGAAUGCGCCGCUGCUGUGGAGGCCUUUUGGGAGCACUACGCUACAAUGAAUGUCUGCCCGCUCCUAGUGCGCGAAGAUCCGAGUGGCCUGCUCGUCCAGCCCCCACCCUGA